CUCUCUGUACCCUCCUAUAUUCCCGUCGCUCCGGUCUAUUGUUUAAUUCCAGGAAUUCGCGAUCGUAUAUCCACGUCAUUGAAUGUCUAAAUUCCUCUCUAAUCUGCGCCGUUUUCUAACACGGUCAAAAAUACCAAGCUCAUAUGGAGGGUCGAUAGAUACGAAUUUCUCGAAGUUCCAAGAAGGCGAUGUAGUGAUAAUCAAUGGGAGGAAUCCAUUAUUGACUAAGCCCCUUGGGCGGAACAAGCAGACGGGGGUCAGUCGCGGAGUUAUCCAGCACAAUGAUAUCAUUGGUAGAAGACCUCGAGAUCUUGUGAAGGCACAAAAAGGACCUUCUUAUCGAAUUACCUUCCCUACGCUCGAUGAAUAUGCCACCCUGAGCCCACGACUAGUGACUCCAGUUUAUCCUGCAGAUGCCAAUCUUAUCGUGUCUCUUUUAGACAUUCAUACAUCCGUGCCUUCGGACCAACGCGAACCAGACCAACCGGUAGAAAUUUUGGAAGCGGGAACUGGUCAUGGAUCGCUGACGCUCCAUCUUUCCCGUGCAAUAAAUGGUGCCAAUACCUGUCCGCCCCCAAUUCCCGCCCAUUCUCAGCUGAAAACUAUCCCGGAAAACUCCAGUGGGGAAGAAACAAAAAGUUCAAAAAGGGAAGGACAACAAAUAUCAGACGAAAGCUCCUUGAACCAAGAAGCAUGGGACUCUUGGCGCUCUGGACGCCGAGCUAUCAUACACACGGUAGAAAUCUCUGCGAAGCAUUCGGCCCAUGCUGAAAAGAUUAUUCGUGCCUUUAGACGCGGAAUGUAUGCCGGGAACAUCGAUUUCUACGUUGCCAGUGUAGAAAACUGGAUCGAAGAACAGACUCGACGUCGCAGCAGAUCGCUAUUUUCAGGAACGUUGGAACCAUUCCUUUCAUAUGCCAUCCUUGAUAUGCCGUCGGCACACCUACGCAUACCCCAUGUUUCACCAAUCCUCAAAGUGGACGGUGUUUUGGCCGUGUUCAUGCCGAAUGUGACACAAAUAGGCGACUGUGUGAAGAUAAUCAAUGAUAAACGACUACCGUUGGUUUUGGAAAAGGCCGUGGAGCUCGGUACUGGUAUCAGCAGCGGAAGGCUAUGGGAUAUUAGGAUGGCAGUACGACGGUCCCGUCCAGUCAAGACCAAAGAAGCGGAACAACCAACAGGAGGCGAAAACGGAGAGGAGUCGUCUGGAGAAGUAUCUGAAAGUAAACCCCAAGAUGUUUAUACUAGCGCGCUGGCUGGAGAACCACAGGCGGGUGACCCAGUCCUAGUUUGCAGGCCGAAAGUUGGAGAACGUAUUGUUGGAGGAGGUUUUGUAGGAUUAUGGAGAAGAAUCAACGAGCAGUAGAAGGAAAAAUUAGAUACCAGCUAGCCCAAUCCCGCUAUCUCGUCGGCUGAAGGUGCGCGGGGAGGCUGCUCUCACAAUUUUGCCCUCGAACCAGGGCGUUCUUCAUCUGACCUUGAAUCUGCUUGGGUAACAUUAUCGCUACGCGCCAGGACCCACUCGGCUACAUCUUUGACGAGCGCUUCCUUUAUUCCCUCGGGUUCAGCAUGUAGUUUGUGGUAAGCACCUUCAUAUGCCUUGAAAGUCUUAUCGGGGACAGCGACAGCCUCCGCGAAAUGUUUAGUAGCUUCAAACUCGUUUAUUUGGUCGGCAGUUCCGUGACCAACCCAAAGUGGUGGAGACUUUGAAUGCGCUUUUUGCAGUAUAUCUUUCGGCAGAUGUUGGAGCUGAUCCAACCAGGCGGCUCGGUCCAGCAUUCCUGCAAUCCCUUCCAGGGUGCCCGUAUCGUGGCAGAGAGGAUCUUGCUUCCAUUCUUCGCAAACUCGUGGAUCACGGCACAUUAGAGAUGGAUCGAGGGGCUUGUAAAGCUGGUGGCUGGGCCUCAAUUUUGCAACUAGUCUUCCCAAUGCCACCGUAAGUUUGUAAGGGCGGCUGCUUGGGUGUAAGCCCACGAGCGGGGAAUAUGCUAAGACUCCCCGGAUCCACGGAGGAAAGGAAGUAGAAUUCAGCAUGUAGUAAAGGACCUCUCCACCACCCAUACUAUGUCCCAUCAGGAAAAUAUGCGGCGCCUUCAAAUCCACUGGAGCUUCGGCAUUCCCUUGUCCUUGCAACGAGUGAUACACGCUUGAUAAAACAGAGUG